ACCGGCCAUAGUCUAAAACAUCGCACCCUAUUGGCAAAGCCAAGAUGGCUGCCUUUAGGUCAAGUCUGGUUAUAAGUACAUUAAAAAGACAGUCUUUGCAGGUUCGAAAAAUUUCAACUGCAAGACCUUUGCUAGGAGCAUGGCAUACCGAUUGGAAGCCUAGUGCCGUACCACGGAACCAAAAAGAGCAUGAAGAAGCCGCCAAAAAGUAUGGUCUGCCACCUGAGGACUAUCACCCGUUGCCAGAGGACAUAAGACACGGCGACUAUCCGGAUAUGCCCAAUAUUGGAGAGUAUCAGAAAGAUUCCUACCACAACUGGGAUGAUCCAUACAGGAAACGAAACUGGGGAGAACCUGUACCCAUUAAUAUGGACAUCAUCCACGCUGACAGAGUUGACCCAGCAAGGCGCUAUCGCUUUUCCCAGUGGAAAAUGUGGUCUGCCUUCUUGUUUGUUUACUUCGGGACCGUCCUGGCCUUUUUCUACGAUUCGAUGUAUCCGGAUGUUUGGUUUAUUAAAAUGAUGAAAAAGCAAUACCCGUACCAGGAGUUCGACAAAAAUAAAUAUUAUUAUAAGGGCAGAUAUCCCCCGCCUAACCCUCAACGGAACGUUCACUACACCUUUGAACCAGCAGAGUAGACGCAUCUCACAACAUGCGAGACAUUGAGCAGUGUUUUUGGUUGGCUAACAACUGAAUCUGAUUUAAUCAUUUUAGUAACUCAACAUCUAGAAUGAUGAAACAAUUACACUUUGUGACGGUGUGAACAUUAUUGUGUGUAUUUACUGGUAGGUAAAUUAUUAAAUACAAUCUGAGUUACCAAA